UCAAACGUCAAACACGAGUAACUUUACGUAAUUGAAAACACACAAGUAUUAAUGGUUCCUUGAUUUUACCAAUUUACAUGUGUGGCAAAAGAAUUUCAAAUUGCAAUUAAAGGAUAUAAAUAUUCUAUUUGGUGCUCAAAGUCAAUAUUUACAUUAAAUUGUUUGUUUUGCGAGGAAUUGACAUCAGGCUACUUUCUGAGCCGAGUUUAGGAGACGUCUGUGUAAAGUGAGAACCGAAGAUCACAACCAUAACUUUCUCCAUCAGAAUUGAAACUAUGCCAGUUAAAGGAUCACCUGGGAUGCCCCAAUAGAUCUGUACUACUUAUAGUACCACAGAGAGUUCAAGCCCUGCAUAGCUGCUUCUUUGGAAUGAUUAAGAGAAUCUGAAGUAUGGUGCGAGAAGAACUCCAGUGCCCUGUUCUACACAGCCAAUAAUGAUCACUAACUGCCAACUUUUUCAACUUUAAUGAAGAUUUUCUUUUACUUCAUUUGACUGGUAUCAGUAUUUUAAAUUAUCUGUGGCAAGUUCUGCUUUAGAAAUGUCAGACACAGAACCUCCGGAGAAAAAACCAAAAAUAAUUUGCAACCUGAGUAAUAUUUAUUUGGAUACUAUUGACCAAUGCAUAGAAAGUAUAUCCAGCUCAGAGAGAAAUCUGCAACCCAUAAUUAGUGAUGAAUUAACUCAGCCAUUAGAGUUCAUCAAUGUUUUUGUGGGGCACAUAAAAAAUGUCAAGGAUAUAUCUCGAACAAUCCUGAUUUUAAAUGACAAAAUACCUUUGAAGGAACUGUCGCAUUUGAAGAGAGUGCGACGUCAAGACAUUAUACUUUGUCCAACCAAAUUUUUAGAUAACAUGUCUUCUAUACAAGACUAUAUAGAGAGUCACGUAACAGAAUUAAGAGAUGUUUUUGACUAUUUCAAAGAAGUAAAUGUACCAUUACUGCCUCCAAAAGUCAUGAAACAAUAUAACGAAGUAAGAAAAAUUUGGUCAUGCAACUUCCACCCAAAUCACUACUUUGAAAAACUAGUAAGUAAUCAUUUUUUUAGUGUAUAUGAUGUGAAAAUACACAGAAAAUUUAUGGAAGUUGCCUUCGAAAUAGCCAAAUGGUACGCAAUACAUGAUGGAGUGGCAUUUGAUAUUAACAAUAUAUUGUUAACCAUUGUGAACGUAACAGUUGUUGUUGAUCCUAAUUUUAAUAGAAUUGUAACAAUAGCUUAUGAUUAUAGACAUGAUCAUCCAAUGCAGCAUUCAGCUAUGUUGGCCAUAGACAAUGUGGCUAAAACUCAAAAUGGCGGAGUAUGGUCAACAGAGAGCAAUGAUGGCUUACUACCUGGUAUAGAUAAAGAGCUAGUACAUUUUUUGAAACAGAAAUUCUCGCAAUUCAUAAUUGGGUUGAAAAAAACCAAUUGGAGUGGGGCAAAAGGUGGUCAGAAAAUGGAUACAGAUGGAGAAAAAGGUGGGCCGAAAAGUGAUUCACAUGAGGAAAAUAAGGAAAAAGAUGGUCCGUACUUAUGUACUGGCUAUUACGUUUACAUGCUAAGGGAGCCGUGUGUGAUGUGCGCAAUGGCUUUAGUGCACGCUCGAGCUAAACGCGUUUUCUUCUGCUUCAACAAUAGUGUGUGCGGUGCGUUGAACUCAGUUGCCAAACUACAGACAAUAUCCUCGCUGAAUCACCAUUUUGAAGUUUUCACUGGUUUUCUAUAGCUGGACUGUUUAAUAUAGAACUAUGUGUAUAAAUAUGAAUUAUGUAAUUAAUAUUGUAAAUUUAUAGAUUCUUUUUCUGACUAAUAGAACUGCAUUUACACAUUGUAAAUAUAUAUGAUUCCGGAAUUAAUGGGUUCACAAAUUGAAAUUGCACUGUAGUGUGGUAGUGGCCCCAAACAUUUUAUUUAUGAACAGUCAGGAAACUGUAAUAAUUUUAAAGUUUUCAUUUGAUUUUAUAGCUGUCUUUUAUUAUGUUUUUUUUAUAAUACUAAUACAUCCAAUAAGC